AUGCCUGUCAUUGCCUCUUAUGUCUCCUCUCACCUCAAACGCACCGCCAUUGCGUCUCCCUCUUCCGACAACGUACCCUCUGUGCCUAAUAUCAUCACUAGAACUCUCACCGCACGCGAUGGAGUCGGCACGGUAGAUCCUUCUAGUGGUGUUACGCCUUUCGAGAAUGUUCCCAACAAAUUCGUCUUUAUACUCCUUGGAUUAAUUGGUGCUGGCUUUGUUAUUACUGGCAUAUGGUUCUUCUUCAUCGCCAAGAAUGGUGGAUUUGUCUUUCAUGAAAAUGAUUGGGAUGAUUAUAAGUCUACCGUCUUGAGACGCAAAGGUCCUAAUGGUACUACACUUUCUGGAGGUUCAGAAGCCACGGAUCUUGGAGGUGGCAGUAUAGUGCAUGGAGAAAAGAAGAGGAGUACAUGGGGAAGGAAGAAUAAGAAGAGUAAGAAGGGGGGAAGUGGGAUGGAGAGGUCAAGAUAUAAGGACUAUGACGAGGAAGAGAGUUCGCUUGGCACACAAAGUGAGCUUACUUACAGCGAAAUGAGCGAGGUCAAUUACCCGAGAAGGGAGAAGAAAAAUAAGAAGAGUAGACUCCGUGGAGGUGAUUUGGGCGAUGUACCGGAAUCCGAAUAUGGCGACGAUGUUGCGGACCUUCGAGCAUACCGACAUGAGAAACCAGCACGAGUUGGUGGCAUGAAUAGAGAAAGCGAGUCUAGUAUCUGGGAAGGAUCAACCAAUGCUGAAGGCUCUACUGUCUCCGACGGACUUAUACAAAACCAGGAGAGACCACCUGAGAAUACUCCCGAAAGGCCAAGGAAGAGCAACAAGAGCAACAACAAAGAUCACUACAAGAUUCGAAAGGUUGUCGGUACAGUUCAAGGCCCACGUCCUUCAACAAAGGAGACUGGUGGAAAUCCGGCUUUCUGGAAUAGACAAACCACCACUAAGAAGAGUUCAAGACAGAGUGAAGCCGAUUCAAGCAUAACGGACGACGAAAGAAUCAAAGCCGAAGCAAAGAAACUCCAAGAUAAGGGAAGAGCUGCUCAGCGUAGAGAUUUCAGUUUCCGCGUUGGAGAUGACAAUAGUUCCGCUGCUGGAUCUUCUCUAAUAUCAGCUCGUGACGCAGCCGCGAUAAAAGAACAAGAGCGUCGCGAACGAGAAGCGAGACGCGCUAGACGUGAAGCUAGAAAACAAAGUAGAAGUCAAGCACAUUUGGCUCCACCUGCUUAUUCGGCCGCGGAGUCAAGUGUGGGUGGAAGCGAAUUGACUAGUGUACGAGAGGAUAGUGAAGUUAAUGGCGAUACGGGACAUAAGAGUUAUCCUUGUUUUAUACCGGGGUUGAGUAGUGAGAGAGGAAAUGAAACGGAUUAUACGGAGGAUAGGAGGAAGAAGAGAAAUGGUGGGUAUAGGCGGGAGUAA